CUGACAGCGAUCACACACACCAGAGAACCAAAACAAACCAGUGGAGUGUGCGCUUCUGCAGGGAACUCUUGGAGGAAAUGGCUGGAACAGUAUUCACCAGAUCAUGCAUCGCUCUCUGCUUGCUUAUACAUACGGCGCUGUGUCAGGACUGCUCUCAGCCCUGUGACUGCCCGGCUGAGAGCCCUUUGUGUCCUGUAGGCACCAGUCUAGUGCUGGAUGGCUGUAGCUGCUGUAAAGUGUGUGCCCGACAGGCAGGAGAGCCCUGCUCUUUCCUCGAGCCAUGUGACCAUCAUAAGGACCUGUAUUGUGACUAUGGUGUGCUGAGUGACACUGAGACAGGCAUCUGCAUGGCUCAAGAGGGUCAGACGUGUGACCUAGGCGGUGUGAUUUACCGCAGUGGUGAGACGUUUCAGCCCAGCUGCAAACAUCACUGUGUCUGCAUGAAUGGGGAGAUUGGCUGCGUGCCGACCUGUGCCAGCAACAUACGGCUGCCCUCUCCUGACUGUCCCUACCCAAGACGCGUCCAGAUCCCUGGCAAAUGCUGCGAGGAGUGGGUGUGCGACCAGAUCCCACAGGAAGACACCUUCCAGUCAGCAAUGGCUGGUAGGUCAAUCGCAUAUAGAGAACUAUCCGAUCAGGAUGUCCAGCCUGAGAGCGCAAGGGACAACUGCAUCGUUCAGACCACUGACUGGAGCGAAUGCUCUGCAACCUGUGGCAUGGGGGUGUCCUCUCGCGUAACCAACGACAAUGAGCAAUGCCAGCUGGAGCGGCAGACUCGCAUUUGCAUGAUCCGCCCCUGCAAUGCAGAGCUGGAAAAGGACAUCAAGAGAGGGAAGAAGUGUGUGCGGACCCCAAAGAGCCAGCGCGGGAUGCGUUUCGAACUGUCCGGAUGCCAGAGCGCCAGGCUGUAUAAGCCGAAGUUCUGCGGGGUGUGUACAGACGGCCGCUGCUGCACGCCUCACGCCACCAUCACGGCCGAGGUGGAGUUCCGCUGUCCCGAGGGAGACUCCUUCAGGAAGAAGAUGAUGUUCAUUAAGACCUGCUCCUGUCACCACGAUUGCCCCCGUGAGAACGAUAUCUUCCUCGCCUCAAACUCACGGAGAAUGAUCGGGGACUAUGAUAAUGACAUGUGAGGAGCUGGCCGGUGUAACACACACACACUGACGAUCAAGCAAAUGUGCAUAUGAGGCAGCUCCGUGUUUUACUGAACCCUGAAAUUCUCACGACUCGUGAGCAGACAAAAACGAGAAUGUUUGACAUGAAGUGGGCAUCGAUAAUGGCCCCGCAAACUUUUCUUCUCUUGUUUUGUAUUUUGUGAAGCUCUGAAGUCAUCUGGCUGUUUGACUGGUCCUGCUACAGCAGACCUAAAGCACUGAGAACUUUGUGUUAGAAAGAUGGUUCACUCAAAAAUGACAUUUCUGUCAUCAUUUACUCCAACCUCAUGUUGUUUCAAACCUAUAAACUGUUAUUUUUUUCAGAAUACAAAAAGAGUUUUUGAAGAAUCUUGAUGCAGCUCUUUUCCAUACGAUGAAAAUUUAUAGUCACCAUAUCUGUAAAGCUCACCACAAAACCAAAACCGAAAUAUAGUCCAUACAAGUGUUUCACUAUUUUCCAAAUUCUGAAGGAAUAAGGAACACACUGACAUUUAAAUCAAUAACAAUUUGGUCACUAUACAAUGUCAUUGUGUAGAAAAAGCUGCAUGAAGUUUCUUUAAAAAAUUCUCCUUUUGUUCUGGAACAAAAUGUCAUGGGUUUGGAAUAGUG